AUGCAUGAAGGGCUGACAAAAUUGAAGGGAGAAAUAGACAGUUCAACAAUAGUUGGCGGCUUCAAAAAAAUGCAGACCCUGGAGUUCCAGUUGCAUGACCAAGGCUGCAUGACCCUGGGAGAGAUAGAUGAGCUGGCCUACAUCUCAACCAAAGAGUACUGGUUUGAUGGGCGGGAGAAGUCCGUGGUGUGCACCGUGUCGUCAGAUGGCACCGUGUGUGCCUGGGAUCUGCAAGAGGUGAGCUGUCCAGGAGGGGGGCACGGAGAUCUGUCGAGCCCUCUACAGCCUGCAGCUCUGGUGAAUUUGGUGACUUACCCUCGGCUGCAACUGGUUGUCACCGUGGACGAGCGGGGACUGAUCAAAGUAUGGAAAGCAGAGAACGGGUGUGAGCAAGCCUCCUGCCUGCCUACAUACUCGUCUUCAUUGGAGGCCUGUGACUUUCCAGAAGGCCCCCUCCUGCUGGAUGGAGUUGGAAAAGUGAGAGUCCACUACUGCAGAAGAAACGAAAGGACAGGUUCCUCUCCAGCAUACAAGACGGUAUCAGGAGUUAAUGGUCCACUAGUGAUCUUAGAUCAUGUUAAGUUUCCCAGAUAUGCUGAGAUUGUGCACUUAACACUACCUGAUGGCACGAAGAGGAGUGGGCAAGUUCUAGAAGUUAGUGGUUCCAAAGCAGUGGUUCAGGUAUUUGAAGGGACUUCAGGUAUAGAUGCCAAGAAGACAUCCUGUGAGUUUACUGGGGAUAUUCUCCGAACGCCAGUGUCUGAGGAUAUGCUUGGUCAGGUAUUCAAUGGCUCAGGAAAACCCAUCGACAGAGGUCCUGUUGUACUGGCUGAAGACUUCCUUGAUAUCAUGGGCCAGCCAAUCAAUCCUCAGUGUCGGAUCUAUCCAGAGGAAAUGAUUCAGACCGGCAUUUCGGCCAUAGAUGGCAUGAACAGUAUUGCUAGGGGGCAGAAAAUUCCUAUCUUCUCUGCUGCUGGCUUACCGCACAAUGCGAUUGCAGCUCAAAUCUGUCGCCAGGCUGGUUUGGUAAAAAAAUCCAAAGAUGUAGUGGACUACAGUGAGGAAAAUUUUGCGAUUGUAUUUGCUGCUAUGGGUGUAAACAUGGAAACUGCCCGGUUCUUCAAACCUGACUUUGAAGAAAAUGGCUCAAUGGACAACGUCUGCCUCUUUUUGAACUUGGCUAACGACCCAACUAUUGAGCAAAUUAUCACUCCUCGCUUGGCUCUAACCACGGCCGACUUCCUGGCCUAUCAGUGUGAGAAACAUGUAUUGGUUAUCCUAACAGACAUGAGUUCUCAUGCUGAAGCACUUCGAGAGGUUUCAGCAGCCAGGGAAGAGGUUCCUGGUCGACGAGGUUUCCCAGGUUACAUGUAUACAGAUUUAGCCACACUAUAUGAACGCGCUGGUAGAGUGGAAGGUAGAAAUGGCUCUAUUACUCAAAUUCCUAUUCUCACCAUGCCUAACGAUGAUAUCACUCACCCCAUCCCUGACCUGACUGGAUAUAUUACAGAGGGGCAGAUCUAUGUGGACAGACAGCUACACAACAGACAGAUUUACCCGCCUAUUAAUGUGCUGCCCUCGUUGUCUCAGUGAAUGAAGUCUGCUACUGGAGAAGGUAUGACCAGAAAGGAUCACACCGAUGUAUCUAACCAGCUGUAUGCAUGCUAUGCUAUUGGUAAGGAUGUGCAGGCCAUGAAAGCCGUAGUUGGAGAAGAAGCCCUUACCUCAGAUGAUGUGCUUUACUUGGAAUUUCUGCAGAAGUUUGGGAGGAACUUCAUUGCUCAGGGUCCUUACGAAAACCGCACUGUCUAUGAGACUUUGGACGUUGGCUGGCAACUGCUCCGAAUCUUCCCCAAAGAAAUGCUGAAGAGAAUCCCUCAGAGCACCUUGAGCGAAUUCUACCCUCGAGACUCUGCAAAGCAUUAGCUGCUACUUCAUCGCUGGCUCGAUGCUCUUGUGAAAUACUGGUUCUGUUUUCUUUAUUCCUUUUGCACUCCCCCAUCCCCACCUUUGUGUUGGAGUUUACUGUGUUACCCUGUAAUUAAAAACAAAGAAUAGGUAACAUAUUGUGCCAGUGUUGCAAUGUUUUAAACUGCUAACAGACUUUAAAAUAUCCCGUUCCGAAAACCUGGAACUGCAGUGCUUUGUUUAAAGUAGCUGAGGGUUGGAGGUGAAGUUUUCUUACUGAUGUGUGUAUUUGUACGUAGUGGUGUAGUUAGCUGCCUAGUGUCCUCAUUAUUUGGGUCUCUCAGACCUUCCCUGUCCACCCCCUCCAGAGUAUCACUAUCUGAAGUUAUAAUGCUUUGAUCUCCAAACUAGGGACAAGAUAGGGUCUGAAAGACGCUUCCUCUCCGAGCCGAGAUGCUCUCCUGAGCGCUUGUUUUUAGACUUUGGUGUGCCUCUGGGUCUGCUCUAAGCAGAUGGCUUUUCCUGUCCACCUGCUGUUUCCUAUUUAAUGAAUAGGUUAGAAAUAGAGUUUCCUUUUCCUCUUUGGUGCGGAUAAGUUUCAACUCCUGUGUCUUACUGUUCUCCCUCCCUCUGAGUAACACAGAAUCAUGAAGCUUUUGCCCAACUGGCAUUGAUCUGAUAGUAGUGAGAUGCCCUGUCUUGAUGAUCCCUUACUGGGUUUCCAUGCAGAGGAAUCAUAAUGAAAAUAAUUAAUAGAAUUCUUGGUUGGAAAGAGUUGGGAUACAAUUUUUUAAGAAAGAAAAAACCUAUAUCGGUUCUACAUUCGGACAUGCUAACAGUGGUUUUAAGUUUCUAAAGUGUUGACCGGAUGCUAAAGGCAAGGUGGGGAAGAGAAAGCUCUUCUGUGUAUGGAAUCUUUUAUAUAUAUAUAUAUAUAAUCUAUGGAUAUUUUAAACUCUGUUAGAUAGCAGCCUUUGGAAAAUCCCCUAUUUGGUCCUGCUUUCUGACCUAUCUGCCUUUUCAGGGUAAUCUUGUGGCACAAGUGAUAGCAUUUAAAAGCUUUAGUCUUUUAAUUCCUCCUCCUUCCUGCUGCGAGCCCUGAGCUGUCUUCUGUGCACUUCUGACAUGUCUACUGUUUGGUCUCUCUGUGUUCUUUGUUACUUGGGUGCAGUAGCAACUUCUCUGUGCAUUCCAUCUUUCUUUCAAGUUGUGUAAAGUUCUUCACUUUUUUUC